AUGGCAGCGACGUAUGAUGUCGGCACCAAGGCGUGGCAGCCCGAUGUCACUGAAGGCUGGGUUGCCUCCGAGGUUGAGCAGAAGAAUGUCGACGGAGACAAGGUCACGCUGGUCUUCCAGCUGGCCAAUGGAGAGGUAUGCCUACCACAAGAUCGAGAGCCCAAAGAGGUGCGGCGCUGA